AUGGUUGCGCCGGCUGUGCCCGAGCUCACCGAGGAGAUUCUCCAGGAAUCAGUUGACGCUCGAACCGAAUCCCUCAUCUCCCUUCGCGAGCUGGGUCCUCCUGACCUCGUCCACCUCCUGAAGCAUUCCACGAGAAACCCCGGCAAGCAGCUCGGAGUCUACCAUCACGUCACUGGCGUUGAUGCAUCCUCCUCGGCCAGUCUUGCCGCCUACAUCAACACUCUAACCUAUCGCGAGCAUGGCCAGGCUGCGCAAACCAAGAUCUCGGAGGGCCUCUGUUACAAUGCCUUCUCCCGACUUGACAUGCGAGUCCACGUAACGAUACCCGGAACCGUCGAGAGCUACUGCGUGGACGAACGAGGUGAUAAGCGCAAGGCGACAGAUGACUUGUGGCUGGAGACGUACCUCUGCAGCGUUCUGCGAGCCUACUCGUACGCAGACGAUGGAAGCGGAGAGACCAUCCGGAAGAUCAUGGGCGUGCGCAGAUUCAACCCCGUCACAAACACCGAAACCGAACACCGUUUCCUCAACGCCGCCGAACAGCUGUUCUUCAGAGGCUGGCAGCUCGGUUCCGACAGUGUCGUUCAAGUGCCGAACAAUGUCUCGAACCAUCUGACCGCCGGCCUCCUCAAGUACUUCCAGACCACGGGACGCUACGCCUCCGGUAUCAACCUCUUCGAGAAGCUCAGGGACCAAAACGUCGAGGUUUCUUCCCUCCUCGCCAAGGUCUUGUUCAUGGGCAACGAGGAGGUCGAGGGCGUCAGGGUGCUCCACCAAGCACUGAAAGAAUCACCGAUGGACUAUGUCAUGCUCGACACCCAGGCCGAAUUCCUCCUCAAGAAGGCGCAAACUGCCACGACGCCCGAGCAGAAGGAAGAGAGACUUCGCUUAGCGCUGGGCUGCGCUGAUCGCAGCACAAUUGCUGCUCCCAGUGAAUUCGGUACCUGGGCAAGGUUGGCGCAAGUUUACGUGGCAAUGGAGGACUGGGAGAACGCCCUGACUAUUCUCAAUUCCUGCCCGAUGUUCACGUACCAGGACAAGGAUGCGCCUCAGAUGCCUGAACCGAAGGAUGUCCAUCUGCCAACCCUCCCCGAGACUCGACUGGACGAGAUUGACAGCGAACCCGAGUCUAGGUACUCCGAGCAAGUAGAUGCGAGUCUCCUGAACCUGCGCGCUGCAGUCUAUAAGGGAACCUUCAAGCAAGCGUAUGGCAUUCUGACAGAGAUGACGUCCAAGAUCGGAUGGGACCAGCUACUCAAGAUCCGAAGCACCGUGUUUGUGAUGGAGGACGAGUAUCGCUCCGAGAAGCAGGAAACCUCGCAUACUCAACGUAACCCAAGCACGGAUGGCCUUCGCGGAACCCCUGACCCAACAACGAACGGUGAGCAGUCGGACUCGGAGGAGGACGACGAAGAGGACGACGAGGAGAAGAAGUCCAAGCCGACAGACACCGAGUCUACCGCCGAGACGUUGGCGACAAACGGACAGACGGAGGGCGAAGCCGUGGAGAAGCCUACCCACGCGAUAGAUCCCGGUGAACUGAAGGGAGACGCGGAAAACGGCGCACAGACCGAUGACCAUCUCUCUAAGCUUAACAACAAACGCCUGUGUGAGCGUUGGCUGGACAGUCUCUUCAUGGUGCUAUACGAGGACCUUCGCGUUUACACGAUUUGGCGUACACAGAUGGCCCAGUACAGAGCGCAGUCGAUGCAGUACAAGAAGUCGGCCGAGGAAUGGGAGAUCCUUGGGUCUUUGGCGGAGAGACUUCAGCACGCAGACGAGGCCGUAGAGGCAUACAGAGCUUGCCUCGCCGCACGGUUUAGCCCUAAGGCUUUGACGGGUAUCCUUCGUGUUUUUGAACAGAACAAGAACACACGCGAGACGGUUGCGUCGGUCAUCCGCCUCGUCACCUGGCAGUACAGGUGGUACUCGGAGUUCUCUCCAGAACUUCUCCAUACGAUUCGUACGCUUAUCGAGGACGAAGGUGCGGUCAAGGUCAGGAGCAUCAUCCAAGCCACCAGCCUACCUCAAGAAGUUCUCGAUCUCACUCACCACUACGCCGCGCUCUGCGCUACUUUCCGCAGCAGCGGCACCGAUGGUUAG